AGGACGAGCGGCGCUGCCUGGAGCAGGAGCAGCGGUCCCGCGAGCAGGCGCUGAAGCAGCAGGUCGCCGCUCUGGAGGCGCAGGUGCGCGGCCACGCGGAGGCGGAGGCGGGCGCAGGCCGGGCUCGGGCGCGGGUGGUGCACCUCGAGGCCCAGCUCGCCGGGCUGCAGAAGACCCUGGAGGAGCACGAGCGCCAGGUGGAGCUGGAGAGGCAGGCGGCCACGCAGGAGGCCAAGGCCAUGCUGGAGGAGGCCAGCCUGGUGCGCGGGCGGGCGCACGAGCUGCAGGUAAAGCUGGAGCAGCAGGACAUCAAGUUGUCGAAGCUGAGCGGGGACAACGAGAGGCUGCAGCGCGAAAACGCCAAGAUGAGGGUGGAUUUGGACCGUUCCGAGGCCGCGCAGCGCGCCGAGGCGCUGCAGCGGGCCGCCUCGGUCCCGGCGCGGCCCGCACCCGAGCGGGAGGGCGCCGACCAGGCCCUGCGCGCCCUGCAGGAACGCCUGGACGCGGCCACGCUGGAGGCCAAGAGGGCGGAGCUGAGGGCCUCCAGGGCCCAGGACGACCUGGCGCGGCAGGCGCGCGAGCAGCAGGACGCCCUGCAGGAGGCGGAGCGGGCGGCGCAGGCCGAGAAGCAGGCUCUGCAGUCGCGGCUCGACGCGGCCGAGAAGGAGGCCGAGGAGAGGCGCCGUGCCUCGCGCGAGCUGCAGCGCCAGCUCGAUGAAGCCGUCGCCCGGGCGGAGACGGCUGCCGACGAUCUCGCCGAGCUCCGCGCGGGCCAGGACGACCUGCUCGGCCAGCUGCGCCAGGCCGAGCGCGAGCGGGAGCGCCUCUCGGCGGAGGCCGGGUCCUCGCCGUCGCCCAUGUGCCACGCGAGGUCGCGCGGCUGCAGGAGCACCAGGCGGCGGCAGCGCAGACCCGCGACCGCCAGCAGAGGCAGGAGGAGCGGUGCAGGGCGCUGGAGGCCGAGCUGGCCUCGCAGGCGGCCAGGCACGACGCGGAGCGGGCCAGCUGGUCCAGGGACGCCGACGCCUCCCAGGCGGUGCUGCAGCGGGCGGAGGA